AAACACCACUUUCUUUCACGAAACCUGCAGUAAAUUCUCAGAAAUGUUUAGGGUUACUGAGAGCAAUUCAAGAAGUUUACCCAGAUUAAAGUAAUCAAGAAGAGAAGAAGAAAAGUUGGUCCAUAUAUAUAAAACAACAUGCAUAAAAUGUGAGGAAAAUUAAAGGAAAAGAGAAAAGCGGUGAUAAAAAGGUGGGAGAAGAAAAGAUUGAGAGAAUGAUUGGAUUGGGGGGUGGGGGAGAGAGAUCAGAGUGAAUGGAGAAGGCGAAAGAAAGUCUGGAAGCGAGCAAAGAAGAAGCGGAGAGAGUUUCAUCGCUGAGCUUCACUCCUCACCGCCUCGGCGUCGACGUUACCAGUUUCUACCGCUACUUUUCCCUCCGAGGAAUCCGGGUUGACAGUUACCGACCCGGUUUCAUCUCCUGCACUUUCAAAGUCCCGCCGCGCCUCACCGAUACGAACGGGAAUUUGGGAUCCGGGGCGAUCGCUACGCUGGUGGAUGAAGUGGGAUGUGCGACGGUGUUUGUGGAAGGGCAGCCGUUUAACGUUACUGUUGACAUUUCAAUCAAUUACGUCUCUACUGCGAAGCUUGAUGAUAAAAAUGGGAAUCUGGGAUGUGGGGCGAUUGCCACACUGGUGGAUGAAGUGGGAUGUGCAAUGGGUUAUGUGGAAGGUGUGGCCUUUAAUGUUACUGUUGACAUUUCAAUCACUUAUCUCUCUACUGCAAAGCUUCAUGAUGAAUUGGAGAUCACCGGGCGGGUUUUGGGUAAAAGGGGAAGUUAUUUUGGAACCAGCAUUGUUGUGAAGAACAAAGCAAGUGGAGAGAUCAUUGCUGAAGGGAGAAAUUCUUUGUACCGUAACCCUAUAAAUAAUAGCAAGAUGUGAUUGAAUUGAUGCCUUCCCCUUUCUGCUUUCAUUUCAUUUUCAUCUGCAAACCCUACUGUAGCAGACUUCAGAAUACAACCAUGCUUUCAUCUCUAUGAUUUCUAUGAACAUACUUCUCACAUUUUCUCUUGUAUGUCUCUCAAGUCUCAACUGGGAAUUAAAAUCUUUCAUUUACUUUGAUUUUAGUGGGUCCGGAAAUUGAAAGAGGAAUUAUGUACU